CGAGCUACCCGGAAGUUUGCCGUUGAACAGGAAGACGCUAGUUAGCCGUUUUUGUGCUGUUUUUUUCUUUCUAUACGCAUGUAGCCGAGUCGUGUUUCGUAUUGCUUACAUUUUAAUACGUUUUAAGAUGAAAAUAGCGCAUAUGUUGUGGGUGUUGAACGCCCUGCUGACAGCCGGUCCGCUAGCGGACGCGUUUGAUCCUUUGACAACAACGGUGGUUGUAAGUGUCGGAGCGGCUCUUGGACGCACGAUUUACAAUUAUUUACGGGAGACUUGUGAUUCCAGAUGGUUGACUUACAACUCGACAGGCCUUAAGACGGAUCUGGAUAGCAAACUGUUCGGGCAGCACCUGGCGUCUCGCAUCAUCCUGAGAGCUGUGAGCGGAUUCAUGAGCAACGACAAUCCCAAGAAGCCGCUGGUUCUGUCGCUCCACGGCUGGACCGGUACCGGGAAGAACUUUGUCAGCCAGCUGAUCGCAGAAAACAUUUACAAAGAGGGGAUGAACAGCAAGUUUGUCCACGUCUUCACGUCCACGCUUCACUUCCCACAUCCCAGUCUCAUCUCCACCUACAAGUCUCAGCUGCAGCAGUGGAUCAAAGGCAAUGUGAGCAACUGUGAGCGCUCCAUGUUCAUCUUUGAUGAGAUGGACAAGAUGCAUCCGGGCCUGAUCGACAGUAUUAAGCCGUACCUGGACUACUAUGACAAGCUGGACGGAGUUUCCUACAGGAAAUCGAUCUUCAUCUUUCUCAGCAACGCUGGAGGCGAGAGGAUCGUUGAGACGGCUUUAGACUUCUGGAGAGGAGGACGAGCUCGAGAAGAGAUUGAACUGAAAGAUCUGGAAACGUCCGUCUCCCUUUCCAUCUUCAACAAUGAAAACAGUGGCUUUUUUCGCACAAGCUUGAUCGACAAGAACCUGGUGGACUUCUUUGUUCCCUUCCUCCCUCUGGAGUACUCACACGUCGUCCAGUGCGCCAUGGCUGAGAUGAAGAUCAGAGCCAGCGAGGGAGAAGGCCCGCCAGAUCUGGACGUGGCAAACCAGGUCGCCAAAGAUCUGGUCUAUUUCCCCAAAACGGAGCGAGUGUUCUCCGUCAAAGGCUGCAAAACGAUAGAGAGCAAACUGGACUACUACUCAUAGCGUCUGAUUUAUUUAUUUUUUUUUAUGGACAGUGUUGAGUCACUGAAAGCACUUUUAAAGGACUCUGACAGCCGAGAGGCUAAAGACAGGAAGUGGAUCCAACAGAAGAGGACUCUGGAGGUCCCCGUCUGACCUUCAGACAAACUCUGGACGGUGUUGCGUCUCGUAUGGAACCGAAAAUGAGCUCGGCCUCAUGAAAAAUUAAAAAGAUUGAAACGCAAACCUUUGUCAGCAAUUAGGACGCUUCUCGUCUGCUUUUAUACUCCUUUGAAGAGGGUUUGUUCACUUUCACUGUCUGUGUUCUCUAAUGUUCUCUCCAUGUUUUCAGUCCUGAAAUCUCUGCCUUAAUUCAGGUGAAAUACUGUUGUGAGAACUGCUUUAUAGAGUCGAUGAUUAUUGUAGAUGAUUU